AUGGGACAAGAUACUACUCCACGAUUAUAUGAAAAUGGACAAUUAAUUGCAUUACCUCCAGGUCGACGUGCUCAUGAAAUGCCGAAUAAAAUUUUUGAAUGGCACGAAUUUCUCCAAAAUCUUACUAGUAAUUUUGAUAUUUUUUUUUUAGAUCAGCUUUUAGAAGCUGUAGAUUUUUUACCAUGGCUUCAUUUACUAUUAGCAGUAUGCCGGCUUGGAGGGAAUAGUGCACAAUCAUUUGCAUCUAGCUUUUAUCAUGUGAUUCUCCAAAAAUCUUGGAUCUCUCCACCUUCUGAUUUAAAAUUGCGAUUUGCUCAGAAUUUGGAAGAUGACAAAAAUAAUGGAAUAACAAAUGACUUUG